AUAUUUAAAGGAUACAGAACUGGUAAAAAAGAUAUAGAGGUAAUCAUUAAAUAUCUUUAAAUAAAUUAAUUAAUUUUUCUUUUCCUGUUUUUUUUUUUUUAUCACCAAAUGUAUUCAACCAAGUAGUGCUCCAUACUCCAAUCCAGUAGGUGGCGGUAAAUGCACCUUAAGUUGGUUUGCCACCCGCCAUUUAAACAACAAAAGAAGAAGAAGAAGAACAUUCGGUGGUCUUUGUUUGUUAUGUAAACGGUACAUAUGGAUAUAUUUUUGGCAUUUAAGAAGUUAAUCGUUUGCAUUUACGCACUAUAAUGAGUGAGGCCGAGCAAAGAGCGCUAUCUCAUAAAACCGAGGGCAUUGACUGGGGUGGACAAGUUUGUGGACAGACUCAGAUGACGGCCAAUAACAACAGCUGGAAUCAUGCUUUAGUAAAGAAUGCACAUGACGGGCUGAGUUUGCCUUCAUCAGACUGUGAAAGAUAUUCAGUGAUAUCAGGAGAGUGUCUCUAUUAUCAUUAUGGUUGUGACGGAAAGGAUGACAGAGGUUGGGGCUGUGGAUACAGGACAAUUCAGACCAUGGCUUCGUGGAUGUGUCUCAGUCAACCUCUCAGUGUAAGCCCCAGACCCCCACCUAGUCUUUCUGAAAUACAACAAAUUUUGGUAAGAAUAGGGGACAAACCCGAUUCAUUCCUGGGUUCCAGAGAGUGGAUAGGCACGUUUGAAGCCAGUCUUAUUCUUGACGAGCUCUAUGAUGUUCCCUGCCGCAUAGUGCAUGUGCGCCAUGGCAAAGAGCUUGAGCUAGCUGUAGAAGAUCUUCAUAGCCAUUUUUCUACACAUGGGUCACCUAUUAUGAUGGGAGGAGAUCGGGACAAUUCCUCUAAGGGCAUCUUAGGUGUGUGCACAAGGAAAAAGGGGAGCUAUCUGCUUGUUAUAGAUCCUCAUUACUUUGGCUGUCCCUUAGACAAAAACUCUUUGCAAAAACAGGGUUGGGUUUCAUGGAAAUCAGUUGCUUCUCUGGAUCAGUGCUCUUUUUACAACCUUUGUCUGCCUCUUACUGUUAAGUAACAGGGGUUUUAGUUAUAUAAUGUUGUUAUCACAAUGG